CAGACGCGUCCAGAGGAAAAAGCUUCCUGGGCCGCAGCUUCCAUCUUCAGCUGGUGGUGGGAUUUGGCAGCUCGACUUUUGCGCCUUCCCUUGCGCAUUGAGUUCUGCCUUGUCUCUUCCAGCCUCGCGUCUGCUUCUCUUCACUUCUUCGUCCAUGCUUUUCCUGCAGCAUUGCAUGCGUUUGUAGAUACCCCCCACGCGACUCUGCUGAUUACUUUCCCUCCUUCUAACGCCUCCCCUCCCCUCCUGUGCCCUCUGAUAUCCCGACUGCGCCCGGCCUUCUCCUUCCCUACCCGGCCAUCGCCAUGGCGGGCAACAUGCGGCUCCGCCUCGUGGUUCGCCGCCAUGGCCUACCCGAUACGCGUGUUCUCUUCAGCAUCUCCCUCGACGGCGAUCCUACUAUAGCCUACUUCCUCGAGCUUGUCAACGCCACGGUCCCCCUCGAGUCGGACGAUUGGGGCCUCGACGACUACGCCGUCGAGCUUCGCAACCCGGCCGGAGGCGCUUUUGAGGCGCUGCACUUCCAGACUGUGGCUUCCAUUCUGCAGCAGGACGAGGAGGUCUACAUCCGCCCGCUACUAACUCCCGACCUCAAAAAGCGUCAUGUCAGCGGCAGACACCAGAUCAGCAGCGACGGCAAGCAUCUGGUCGACGGCGUUCCCUUCGGUCGUCCUUUGUUGCGCCAGCCUCGCGAUCGCCCUGCCAUCAAGAUCCCGCCCCGCAAACGCCGCAGAAUCCUCGCCGAGGACCCAGACUCCCCAGCCGCUGAAGACGACUGGGACGACGACGACGAGGACGAGGACUUUCAGCCUUUGCGGCUCACACAAAACGGAGAGCCCCCCUCGUAUCUCGGGAAUGAGGAGCAGCAGGAUGACAGCUCCUCGGCUGAUGGCGACGAGAAUGACAUGGACCUUGACGAUGACGUCUCGGAGAUUGAUGAAGACGAGCUGUCUACUAUUCUGCUGGACAAUGACGAGGACACUGGCCAAGAUCUUGCGCCAGCACUGCUCGCCCCCUCUGACGAGCAGGGUCAGCCGGCCGAAAAUGCCAAAACUGAGACGGAUAACGAGAGUGAUUCCGAUCAGCCGGCCGAAGAUGCCAAGACUGAGACAGACAACGAGAGUGAUUCCGAUCCCGCCAUCGUCAACCUCAAGUCCAGCAUGGCCGUCGCAUUUCCUGACGCACCCCAGGCCACGCUCGACCGCGCCUUUCGCAAGUGCCAUGCUCGCAACGGCACCUACGUCGCACGCAAGAUCUUCAAAUGGCUUAAGAAGCGUCAUGUGCCUCAGCUCAGCUACCACCGUGUAAAGCGCCACUAUCGCACCAAAGUCAGGGACGCCGCUGUGUCUGCCUUGACCCAAGACGUGUACAUGCAUGAGCCGGAUGCCGAUAGCGCUGAUUCUCUCACGCACUACCGCGACCAGCACGAGCGCUCGAGGCCGCAGGCCUUCUCAGAGCUCCUCCUCCAUGACGAUGAGGACGAGUAUGCUGAUGAUGAGUCUGACUACGCAUCAACCGGAGGAGGGAAUCACGAAUCCAAGAUUGAUUCCGAGGGCGAGUCGGAAGUCGAUGCUCAUGAAACCCCAUUCGGAUCGCCCGCCGCCACAGGACAGCCAGCCAAGCUCGAAUCGGGUGCAGACUCUGAGUCUGGCAGCGACGGCCCCGCCGAUUCUGAUGAUGGUGAGAGCUCAGACAGCUCAACACAUGACAACCACGAAGGUGACAGCAGUGAGGAUAAAGGCGAAGCCGCCGCCCGUGCACGUCUCCCUUCAUCUGACGUGGCUGCGAGCGACGACAAAAGCGGUGGAGAUAGCUCUGCCUCUUCUGACGACUUGGACUCGGACGAUUCUGUGGACGACCAAGCAGCCGCAAUCCAGAGUCCUGCUUCGGAUGGCGGCUCCGGCGAGAACCAGAGUAGCUCCGACGACAGCUCCUCCAGCGCAGAGAGCAGCUCCUCCAGCGCAGAGAGCAGCUCUGAGGACGAGGAGAGCGACUCGGACGGCGACGGCGAAGGCGAAUUCUCGGACGACGAACAGCCAGAGGAGAUGUCGACCCGGCCUCCCACCAGCGCCCCGGCUACCGCUGCCGGCCCUAGUAGCUCACAGCAGCCGGUGGCUGGGUCGGUGGCCCCGGUGCAGGACGAGGCAGGCGAGCGCGAGCCGCAUGUAGCGGCUGGACAGGGGAAGGCUAAGACCCGGAACCGCAAUGCUAGACGGCGGCGCGCGAAGAGCCUACUGCUUCAGAAUAGCAUCCUCGAAGAGCGCAAGAAUGCGCUGCUGGCCGCUAUCGGUUGCGGCCCAGAGUCCCCUUCGCCCCUCCCUCCAGUCACUGGCCCGGGCAAAAGCCCUCCGAUGGAGCCCGCCGCUGCCGCCCCAGGCUUGGGCCCAGCCUCCUCCGACAGCGGAGACGAUGUCGACGACCUAUGGAGCACCAAGAUCAACUACCAGGGAACCGAAUGUGCCGCGGAAGAGAUGGUACUGAGUCAGCCGCCCUUCCCCUUCGUCCAGCGCUGGGAUCCCUCGCAGCGCUCGCGCCGCAAGAGGAAGCAGCGCCAUAACGCGGACGAGCGCCCUGAGAAGAAGCCCAGGUUCGCGGACGCGCCCGAGGAGGCGGUGGAGACGCUGAACUACGACGACGUCGACACGGGCGAUAAGGACGCCGAUGUCGCUCAUGAGACAUCGUAUGACGACAGCCAGAUGACGGACUGGGACGACCUCCCAUCACUGCCGACAGACCUCACCACCCUGCCUCCCUUCCACCUGAGCGACGCCCGCGUGUCCAUGAUCGUCACCUGGAAGAAGUGGCUGCUUUCCGAAGCCACCAAAUGGCAGCCACAAAUUGUCGACGUCACUGCCGUCAUUGGUAGAAUAAAUGAAAACGGCCACACUCUGGAUGUCAUGAUGGCGAAGCGAGACCGUGCCCAAUUCUCCUCUGCCAAGCAGUUCGAUGAGGAUACGGGACAGCGCAUCUAUAGGAAAUUUGAGCCUCCCGACUUGUCCGACGACGAGAUAUGCCCCGACGCAGAGCAGUUCUGGGCCGAGGGUUGGGAUACCAUCACCUUCGAGGACAUGAUCGAGCCUCGCAUUCUCCAGGCCCCAUUGCCCAGCUUCGACGACAAGCCCACAACCCUAAACAGCCAUGACCUCGUGCACAAGUCCACGAACCUUCGCAUCUCGGAGCAUGUGGACAGCUCGGUCGUCGUACCUGACAGCCAGGCGCUGCGGAGCGUGGGCGACGCCACCGAGGGCAAGUCGGCCACCCACGGCCAACCGGACAAGGAACCAGAGCAGGGCAUCAGGGCCCUGGAUUCGUGUGUUCCCGACACAAACCAGGACAUUGUCACGGGCCCAUCAGCCUCGCGCUCCCCCCACGCGGCCCAAGUCCCCUCCGACGGCGACGCGCUCGUGAUGGAUGACGAGCUGAUGGCUUCUCAUUACUCAGCAAACACUGCUGCCGCAAAGACGAACGCGCUCAUCGGCGGAUUGGUGCUCGGACAGUACAGCUUCCCCCCGGGUCAGCCGGCGGAUGAUUCGGAUAGCCCUUCUCGGCAGUUAACCGGCAAUGCUGCCCCCAUCCCCGCAGGCGACGUCGCACCGGAUCAAGUGAGCUACCCUCAACUCCACGUCCCUUCAUCAUCAAUCGGAAGCGUCCGUAGCGGCCGGCAGCCCGACGCGGACGACAACAUAGAUAUGGCACAAGAUGCAUUUAGCAAUGCCGUCGACACGGACGACGAAAACGAGGACCAGGUCGAGACUCCACGAGCUAGCAAGAUUAGCGAGCACGAGGCGGACCAAGUCCCGCAAACACCGUCCAAGUCGGACAACAAUGCGGUGGGUUCAGCUCCGUCCAGCUCAUCGUCGUCUCUGCCGUCGAUUAGCACUCUUUGGUUCACGUGCUCGACGUCUCGAAACACUCAGUCGCCGUCUAGGACGACGCAGCAGUCAAUCCUCGGCGCCAAGUCGGCGCAGGCUGUCAAGGGCAACGCCGAGUACGAGGAGGCGAUGCGGCGGCUCGACGCCUUCAGUGACGAGGAUGAUGCUGACGAGGACGCCCUGCGCGCCGAGCAGGACAAGGCGCCGUCUUUAAUCAAGCAGAGCAAGAGCCAGCCGCUGGCCUCGAUCGAAACCAGCCACCGGCCCCAGCAGGUCAAGACCGAGAAAGUCAAGGCGGAGCCGAGUAGCAUUGCUACGGCCGUCUCGCCGCCCUCGCGCUCGGCCAGAGGCGCCAUUAAGGGAGCGCUUUUCAGCACGAGCGCCGCCAAGAAGGCCGCCCCAUCCCAGCCUCCCCCCGAUGCCGAGAUUGUCCUCUUGUCUAGCAGCCCUGAGCCCGUCUUCGAGGAAGACUAUGCCGAGGAUGAGCUUGACGAGGACUAUGAAGCCUCUACGUCCCAGCGGAGCAGCACGCGCAACACCCCGGGUUACGCAACGGCGACGCGCAAGACCUUUUCGCGACAGCCCAGGGCGGACCUGGGAGGCGCCAGCGCGCCGGCACGGGCCAGAAGCGCCGUCUCGGUUCUUGGCGGGAUCUCGCGGGGCUCGAGAAGGGUCUCGUCAAUGGCGCCGCCACCGUCGUCCUCGUCUUAGAGAAGCUGGAAACCCCAAUGGACCCAUCAGGCCCCAGACGAGACGAGAAUCUCCCCGAAGGGCUGGAAUCUUUGUCAGGAGUAGGAACUCUCGAUAGAGGCAGAAGGCCUCUGGAAACCUCUGGAAAACAUAUCACUGUGACCGGCAGGCCAGGGGGUGUUUUUUUCUUGUCUAAUGUAUUACCUGUUUGUUUAUUCUUUGUAUGUCUGCGAUGGUGUUCCGGUAUUUUCAUCAGGGGCCUGGCAUAGCCCUGGUGCUUUUCGUGGCCCCAUUCCAGGGCGCGCUCAACGAUUUCUACUCGCGUUGUUUUUGUUCUCUGGCAUGCCCACCCGGCCCAUUCGUCCUGCUUGCACAGCCUGCGUUCUUUCCCACCAUUCAAGCCGUGUCUUUUGUUGAUACCUGUACUUUGUUUAUCUGGCGGCGCUUUUCAGGCAUUUUCGGAGCUGGUCUGGUUUUAUUGCUGCGAGGUUUAUCUUGGUCUUCUCGAGGACUGUCUUACCCCCCAGACUUUCCGCACCUGACCUCCCAGCCCAUGGUCCAUUUUUUUUGCGAUCAAUUCUGCUGUAUCCAAAGGCAGUCGUUUGGGAGUGGACAGUUUGCGCGGCGGGGGACAGCUCCCAUCGGUUGCGCGUGGUCAGCCACCAUGCUACCUCAGUACCUAGUUUUAUCAGUUGGGAACUCCCUAGGAGGGUCGUUGUCUUGUGGCAACCGGCAGCGUCUUGAUUGCGUGUGCCUUCUCAGGUGGCCGACGCGCCUUUGGUAGACCCGUCAACCUCGGAACAACUACGUGCCAAACACUGUCCCGUCCCUUGCUUGGUGGUCGCCAUUACAUCCCAUUUGCACAUUUACUGUCUGUCACCAGGAGAACGAGGUGCAACUCGACGAGCGGCUGGUUUAUUAAUAAGGGCUAAUGAUGUGUGCCAAACUUUUUACAGGCGGGCGGCCUUGUCCCCGAGCCCGAGUCCGUUUCCACCUCUCCUCUUGUGUGAG